UCCUCCCCGCCGCCUGCCGCCACCCGCCCGGCCGGGGGGUGGGCGCGAGGCCGCCUGGACCGCUGGCGGCGGCGACACGGCGACCUUGGCCCGGAGGCCGCAGCGGGACCGCCAAUCGCGGCGGCGGCGGCGCGGACUUUGCCCGGCCGGGAGCGGGCGGACUGAGCCCGCGGGGCGGCCGCCGAGAUGUUGGCAUUCGCGGUCAGGACGGCGCCCAGGCAAGUGGCUGCCUCUUGCUAGGUUCUGCUCGCCCACUUGGUAGCACAGUUAGGCUUAGGCAUCCAGCCCAAGGCAGACAGACAGGGCUCAGAACCUCAGUCCUGCCAUGGAGGACGGGCAGCAGAAUGAGAAGGUGAAGCCCCUGGGCUUCCUCAAGCCCUCCUCGCUGUCGAAGGUUGCCAGCCGCUUCAAGGCGCACCAGGAGUCGCUGCCCCGGCUGCCCGUGCCCCCGCUGCAGCAGACCCUGGACCACUACCUGAAGACGCUGCAGCCCAUCGUGAGCGAGGAGGAAUGGGCCCACACCAAGCAGCUGGUGGAGGAGUUCCAGGCUGCAGGGGGCGUCGGAGAGCGCCUGCAGAAGGGGCUGGAGCGCAGGGCCAAGAAGAUGGAGAACUGGCUGUCCGAGUGGUGGCUCAAGACGGCCUACCUCCAGUACCGCCAGCCCCUGGUCAUCUACUCCAGCCCCGGCCUCGUGCUGCCCAGGCAGGACUUUGUGGACCUGCAGGGACAGCUCCGGUUUGCUGCCAAAUUCAUCGAGGGUGUGCUGGACUUCAAGGCCAUGGUUGACAAUGAGACCCUCCCGGUGGAGUACCUGGGCGGGAAGCCGCUGUGCAUGAACCAGUACUAUCAGAUCCUGUCCUCCUGCCGCGUGCCAGGCCCCAAGCAGGACUCGGUCAUCAACUUCAGCAAGACCAAGAAGCCGCCCCUGCACAUCACCGUGGUGCACAACUACCAGUUCUUUGAGCUGGACGUGUACCACAGCGACGGGACGCCCCUCACUGCCGACCAGCUCUUCGUGCAGCUGGAGAAGAUCUGGAACUCGUCGCUGCAGACCAACAAAGAGCCCGUGGGCAUCCUCACCUCCAACCACCGCAACUCCUGGGCCAAGGCCUACAACACCCUCAUCAAAGACAAGGUGAACCGGGAGUCAGUGCGCUCCAUCCAGAAGAGCAUCUUCACCGUGUGCCUCGACGCCGUCAUUCCCCGGGUCUCGGAGGACAUGUACCGCAGCCAGGUGGCCGGCCAGAUGCUGCACGGCGGCGGCAGCAAGCUCAACAGCGGCAACCGCUGGUUCGACAAGACGCUGCAGUUCAUCGUAGCAGAAGAUGGCUCCUGUGGGCUCAUCUAUGAGCACGCGGCCGCAGAGGGGCCGCCCAUCAUCUCCCUCGUGGACCACGUCAUCGAGUACACGAAGAAGGCCGAGGUCGUGCGGUCCCCCAUGGUACCCCUGCCCAUGCCCAAGAAGCUGCGGUUCAACAUCACCCCCGAGAUCAAGAAUGACAUCGAGAAGGCCAAGCAGAACCUGAGCAUCAUGAUCCAGGACCUGGACAUGGUCGUGACCGUGUUCCACCACUUCGGCAAGGACUUCCCCAAGUCGGCGAAGCUGAGCCCAGACGCCUUCAUCCAGAUGGCGCUGCAGCUGGCCUACUUCCGGAUCUACGGGCAGGCGUGCGCCACGUACGAGAGCGCCUCCCUGCGCAUGUUCCACCUGGGCCGCACGGACACCAUCCGCUCAGCGUCCACGGAUUCGCUGGCCUUUGUCAAAGCUAUGGAUGACUCCAGCGUGCCGGAGCCCCAGAAGGUGGAGCUGCUGCGGAAGGCCGUGAACGCCCACCGCGCCUACACAGACCGGGCCAUCCGGGGGGAGGCCUUCGACCGGCACCUGCUGGGCCUGAAGCUGCAGGCCAUCGAGGACCUGGUGAGCAUGCCCGACAUCUUCAUGGACACCUCCUACGCCAUCGCCAUGCACUUCAACCUCUCCACCAGCCAGGUCCCCUCCAAGACAGACUGCGUCAUGUUCUUCGGGCCGGUGGUCCCCGACGGCUACGGCGUCUGCUACAACCCCAUGGAGUCGCACAUCAACUUCUCGGUGUCGGCCUACAACAGCUGCGCCGAGACCAACGCCGCCCGCAUGGCGCACUACCUGGAGAAGGCGCUCCUGGACAUGCGCGAGCUGCUGCAGAGCCACCCGCGGGCCAAGCUCUGAGCCGCGCUCCGCCGGCCGCCACAGCCAACCGCUUCCGAUGGGCCACCACCAGCUCCCCUGUCCCUCCCCCGGGCCUCCGAUCUGACCAAGCCAGGGCCGACCCCCCAGGGCCUGCAGGCCACGCCAACUGCCUUCCCGGGCCCCCCAGCGCCAUGGACUGCUCAGAGCUGAGCAGCCGGAGGCCCGGGCGCCCCACGCAUCGCCCCGAGCAGCCUUCCUCUGGGAAAGGGAGUCCCCUCCAUCCCCACCAGCGGGACUGGGAAGUCCUCGGAGAGUUCAGCUCCGGCCAGUCCUGUCCUCGGGGCUGAUCCGUACUCCAAUCCGCAAACGCCCAACGGCCUCAAGACAGGACUCUGGAAUGGGACUCCAGCCUCCCCAAGGCCGAGGCCAGGGUGCGAGGCGGACUGGGGACGGGCCGUCUGCCGCAGGACUGCCCUGCUCUUGUGAGAACAUGGCUCAAGAGCCCCAGCGCCCUCGCGCCCGCGCCGAUUCCUGAACCACGUUCCUGGCGGUAUGAGCACCAUGCCAGGUAACCAAUAAAGGAAAAGUGUCUUGGUGAAGAGGCAUUCCAGCUGCGAGGCAGGCCGGUGGGGGCAGCUGGCCUGCUCCCGGCUCCCCUGCCUGGGAGCUUGUGGCCAAGCAGACAGUGGCCCCAAGGGCUCCGAGGAGCCGAGAGGUGUCCUCAGACCCCGUUCUCAGACAGCUCCCCCUACCCGGUACCACGGGCUACACGGAUGGGCACGGUUCUCCCAGGGGCAGUAGGACCCUGUGGGCCCGGGUCUGGGGGGCCAGGCGUGGCUGCCACCCGGGCUAAGGCCUCACCCUGCAGCCUCCACGGAACCCUACAGGAGUGACGCUCCAGAUCACAUGACCACCUGAUCAGAAUCCUACCCCCGCCUGUCCGCACCCCCAGGCACCUGGCAGAAGCUGGGUGUCAUGCCAACGUCAGUGCCCACUCCAGGGGACACCCUGGCCCUGAGGCACGUGCCAGCCAGAGCAGAUGCCGGGGUGCGGGUGGGAGAGCUCAGCGAGCCCGAGGGUGCUGGCCUGGCUGACCGGAGACAGUCACGUGAGCUGAUCCUGUGGUGGUCUCCUUUUCUCAGAUGAGGAAACAGGCUGAGAGGUUAGUCACCAGGCAGCUAAAACACAGAGUCCCAGGAGCCAUCCUUCAGGUCAGGGUAUGGGAGCCCCGGUAGCCAAGCCCGCAGGCCCAUGUCACACCCGCCCAGGUGACCAGGCAGGGUGAAGGGGAGGCCAUGGUGGGCAUGGAGGCCUGGAAGGCACAGAGGUGUUGUCUGGACGGGGGCACUGACCUGUUGGGCCUGCUGGGUCCUACGGAGUUCCCCGCAGCCACGAGGUGGGACUCUGCACCCUCCCUCCAAGGCGGUGAGAGGGUGUGCCACUGCCCGAAGUCCCGGCACCAAGAGGCGGGACCCACACAAGGGGGGGGGGGCCUGGGCCUGGUCCCCCCCAGCAAGGCCACAGGGUGGAGUGAUGCCAGAAGGGGGUAGGGGACAUGAAUGCCCGUUCCUGGGCCAGAGUGGGAGACCAGGGAAGACCAUGACAACACACAGGCUGCUGUCCUCUGUACAGGGGGGUGUGGUAGUACAGGGGAGUCCCAGGAAGCGGAGGCCCACAGCAGGCGGAGUGAGAGUUGUGGGAGCACUAGGUGGGCUGCGGGGGAGAGGGCAGGCCACGGGCAUGGCGCAAACACCAGGAACUCCCAAACUCGUUCUAAGACCCACACGGGGCUGAAGAGAAGGCAGGUUUCCCCAAACUCUCCUCCGGAAGUGAGGGCAUGCCCUGGCACUGGUGUUACCGGCUCACGCAACUCCUCAGAACCGGAAGUCCCCGGGGAAAGCCAGCUGGCACCUAACAAACCAUCAGUGUGAGAGGGACGCCUAGAGGGCCCUGGUGGCAUGGGGGGGGAGGGGGGUGGUGGAGGGAAACGAAUACAUCGUCAUUCCUCCCGAGGAUGUGACUGUCACUCACUCUGGGGAGUGCUGGGUGUGGGCCAGGCCGGAUGCAGGGAGGGAUAUUGGGGAGAUGGCACACCUGUGGGGCUCUUACUCCAGUCUCAACGUUACGCCAGGGGGCACUUGGGGCAUGGGGUAAAACUCCCAGUGACCGCAUCGCGCGUGAACCCCAGAACGUGCUGCUGGGUCUCGCCAUCCGCUUGGGUCCACGGGACCGCUGACCUGCCAGAGCCGCGAUAAGCUCAGCCAGCGGAGCCGGAGAAUUCAGUCAGUGGCCCAGAGGGGCCAGGACAAGACCCGAUGCCCAUGACACAGGUGAAGAACUUGGGUUUUUUUGUGUGAAAAAGAGCUGUUCUAAAGAAUAUAUUUUGGGCAAUACAUUACUUGAAAUGUGCAUAUGUGAUAAACAAGUGAAUUAAAGAUCACUGGCUCUUACCUAGA